AUGGCAGACACAACACGGGCAGGGCAAGUCGUUAAGGAGAUGAAAGGGUAUUGGAUUAAAGUGGUAGGGAUAAGCGAGACCAGGUGGAAAGGGACGGUAUCAGUAACACUGCAGAGUGGAGAGAAGGUGGUGUACGUAGGAAACGAUGAGGCACAACAGGGAGGAGUAGCCAUCAUGAAGAGUAUGACGGCAAAGGGAGCCUUGAUACAAUCGAUGCCAACUAGCAAAAUGAUUAUUACAGCACCAUACUACUACUGAGGGUGGUACAAACAUAUGCCCCAAUAAAUGAUAGAAUGGAUGAGCAAAAGAAUGAAUCGUACAAUCAGCUGCAGGACACUAUUUCAGACUAGAACAAAUGAUCUGCUCGUGGUGAUGGGAAAUUUGAAUGCUAAGGUAGGCAACAACAAUACCAAUAGAAAGGAGGUUAUGCGGAAGUUUGGCACUGGUAUUAUGAAUGAUAGUGGAGAAAGGAAAUGUGACUUCUGUAGUGCAAAUGGGUUCAUCAUAACUGGAACACAACUCCCUCAUAAAGACAACCAUAAGCUUACCUGUGGGUCACCAGGUAAACCAGAUUCACCAUGUUCUAGUGAAUGGAAACAUGAGAACAUCUAUUUAGACACCAGAGUAAUGAGAGGAACAGUAUACAAUGACCAUUACCUUGUGACAACAAGGAUCUGUCUAAAGUUGGCAAGAGCUGAGGGCAGGAAGAACGUCAGGGAAAGGUUUGACGUAAGUAAACUGCCUAGUGAAGAGCUCAGGAGGAAGUACAACACUGAGGUGAGGAAUAGGUUUGGAGCUCUAGGAGACAUAGAUGAUCCGGAGGAAGAACACGAUAUGAUUUUGACAACAUACAGAGAUGGAGCAAAGAGAGUCUUGGGGUGGUCAAAGAAACUUAGUAGGCCAUGGAUAGGAAGCAAAACAUCGGAAAAGAUCAAGGAGUGAAUAUCUUGUUAAGAUAUUCAAGAAAGGUUGUUUGCACGAAUGCAACAACUGGAGAGGAGUGAAGUUACUAUGUACAUGUCACUAGAAAGAUAUUCUGUAGGAUGCGGUUGGAGCGGAUCAAGAAAGGUGUAGACACGAAAUUUGAAAGGAGCAGGCUGAGUUUGGACCCAAGAAAAGUACAACCGAACAGAUCUUUAUAUUUAGUAACAUCUUGAGCAGGCAAAUGGGUGGAAAGCGAGUCUGUAUCCGCACUUUGGAGCAAAAAAAGUCUUUAAGAGGUCAAAGAAACUUAGCAGGCCAUGGACAGGAAGCAAAUAAUUGAAAAAGAUCAAUGAGAGGAAAGAGGCAAAAUUGAAAUUGGAGGGUACAAGAUCGGAACAACUGACAGAGAGAAGGAACGAGGAGUAUAAUGUGAAGAACAAACAAGUGAAAAUGGAGUACUAGGAAGGAUAAGAGAAAUUGGUUAAAGAGGGCUGCAACAGCGGAAAAGGCAGUUGAAAAUGGUAGCAGCAAGGAGCUAUAUAGCAUUACUAAGUCAAUAACUGGAGAAAGACAGAAACAAGGUGUUGAGCAGAAACAACGGGUGCUUAGUACUGAAACAAAAGAAAGACUGCAGAGAGAAGUGGAGCACUUUAAUAAAAUAUUAAACAGAGAUGACCCAUGGAAUCCCGUGGUAGAGGAUGAGACAGUAGAAUUGGGAGAGAUUGAGGAAAUAAUCUAGGAAGAUGACGAUGACAAGAGUUCAAGGAUGUCUUGAGGAGGACAGCCAGGGAAAGCAGCUUGAGAAGAUGAAUUGUCUCCGGAAUUAUUGAGAGGUGACAUGGAGGUUAUUGAAAGCGAGUCUGUAUGUGCACUUUGUAGACUUUGAUAAAGCCUUCGACUCUGUACAUAGAGAAAGCCUAUGGAAUAUCAUGACAAGUUGUGGGAUACCAGACAAGACGGUGGGAGUGAAAGCGGACGUAUACGAGGGCUUUGAGUGCACAGUUGUCGAACGUCCAGGCUAAAACAGGGGUUCAUGAUGUCUAGAUUUCUAUUCUUACUGUGCUUGGAUUGGGUCAUGAGGAAGGCACCAACAGACAAGAGAAGAGGGAUAAGGUGGAAUUUCACAUCACUGCUGGAGGACCUUGUUUUCACAAGUGACAUUGCACUACUGUCAUCUCCGUUCAAUGACUUGCAUAAAAAGACUGGGAGAUUGGUGGAAGAAACAGCCAGAGUAGGACUUAAACUUAAUGCGAGAAAGUGCAGAUGGUGGAUGGCGAAGAAGUGGAUGAUGUUGAGGAGUUACCAUACCACGAAGUUAUUGUAGACAAGGAGGGUAGAGGAAGCAAAGACAUUAUGCACCAUCUGCAGAAAGUAUGUGGCGCAUUCCAGACACAAAGAAGAGUCCGGGCAGCUAGAGGAAUAGGAAGGACAACCAGGAUACGUCUAUUCAAGACUUAAGUUCGAACGGUCCUCUUAUAUGGCUGUGAAACUUGAAUGGAAACAUGAGAACAUCUAUUUAGACACCAGAGUAAUGAGAGGAACAGUAUACAGUGACCAUUUCCUUGUGACAAGAUAGAUCUGUCUAAAGUUGGCAAGAGCUGAGGGCAGGAAGAACGUCAGGGAAAGGUUUGACGUAAGUAAACUGCCUAGAGAAGAGAUCAAGAGGAAGCACAACACUGAGGUGACGAAUAGGUUUGGAGCUUUAGGAGACAUAGAUGAUCCGGAGGAAGAACACGAUAUGAUUUUAGCAACAUACAGAGAUGGAGCAAAGAAAGUCUUGGGGAGGUCAAAGAAACUUAGUAGGCCAUGGACAGGAAGCAAAGAUGGGAAAAACCAAGGAGACAAAAGGGGAAAAAUUGAAAUUGGAGGGUGCAAGAUUGGAAGGACUAAAAGAGAGAAGAUGCGAGGAGUUUAGUGCGAAGAACAACAAACGAAACGAAGAGCUAGGGAGGAUAAGGAAAGAUGGUAGAGAAGAGGGCAGCAGCAGCAGAAAAGACCGCUGAGAAUGGUAGAAACAAGGAGCUAUACAGCAUUACUAAGUAGAUAACUGGAGAAAGGAAGAAACAAGCUAUAGGUGUUGAGGACAAACAAGGGGUGCUUAGGACUGGAACAACAGAAAGACUGCAGAGAUGGGUGGAGCACUUUAGUGAAAUAUUAAACAGAGAUGGCCCCACGAAUCCUGUGGAAGAGGAUGGGAUAGUACAAUCGGAAGACAUUAAGGAAAUAGAUCUAGGAAGAUGGCGAUCACAAGAGGUCAAGGAUGCGUUGAAGAGGACAAAUCCAGGGAAAGCGGGCAGGAGUAGAUAA